CAGCAGAGGGAGCUGUCGGUAAUGUAACGAGCUGCAGCUCCUGACUUCGCCUGUAGGCGGCAGUGUUGCGCAGCCCACUGGAAACCUUUCCUUGUAGACAAAUGGCGUCUCUUCAGCGAGCGGCAGCUGAUUCCCCACCGAGAACGGCAGCAGGAAUUGAGGGGAGGUAAACACGCCGCCCCCGGAUUUCCUUGCUGUAGGAUUGUCCGUUGUUUUCUGACGGCUGGACGUCGCUUUCUUCCUCCCCGGAAAUCGAGAGUUUGGAUCCUCCACGGUGUGAAAACAACCCCCUUCCCCGCCGGAGAGGAGAGGGUCAGCUGCAGCCCGGACUCCCCUCCCCGCUGCUUCUGCUUGUUUUCGGAGGUUGUUGCUCCUCGUCAGGGCCCGGACUCAGAUACGUGAAGAUGGGCAUCACCCCUCCGCGGCUGCUCUCCCCCUCCGCCUGACUGACUGACGGCUCGGCGGCGUUAAUCCAAUUCAGGAGAUCAUCUUUUCAACCCUCCUGAGGUCAAACUAUUGAGACCAGCUUUGUGGAGGUGAAGAUGACCACAGCACGGUACCGGCCCACCUGGGAGUUGGCCGUUGACCCCCUGGUUUCCUGUAAACUGUGCCUUGGAGAGUUUCCACUGGAGCAGAUGACCACCAUCACGCAGUGCCAAUGUGUCUUCUGCACACUGUGCCUGAAGCAGUAUGUGGAGCUCCUGAUUAAAGAAGGCCUUGAAACUGCAAUUAGCUGUCCUGACUCUGCCUGCCCUAAAAGAGGACAUUUGCAGGAAAAUGAGAUCGAGUGCAUGGUGGCGACGGAAAUGAUGCAGAGGUACAAGAAGCUUCAGUUCGAGCGCGAGGUUCUGUUGGACCCGUGCAGGACGUGGUGCCCGUCCUCCAGCUGCCAGGCCGUCUGCCAGUUGAAGGAAACCGACUCCCCGGCUCUGCCUCAGCUGGUCCAGUGCGCCGUCUGCGCCCUGGAAUUCUGCUCCGCCUGCAAGGCCGCCUGGCACCCGGGGCAGGCCUGCCAGGAGAGCAACCCGCCCAUCGCCUCCUUCCUACCCGGGGAAAACAGCUCUUUCUACAAGAACGAAGAGGACGACGCCCCCAUCAAGCGCUGCCCCAAGUGUAAAGUCUACAUCGAGAGAGACGAGGGCUGCGCCCAGAUGAUGUGCAAGAACUGCAAACACGCCUUCUGCUGGUACUGCCUGGAGUCCUUGGAUGACGACUUCCUGCUGAUCCACUAUGACAAAGGGCCGUGUCGGAACAAACUGGGCCACUCCAGGGCGUCGGUGAUCUGGCACAGAACACAGGUUGUGGGGAUCUUUGCCGGGUUCGGCCUGCUGCUGCUGGUCGCCUCGCCCUUCCUCCUGCUGGCCACGCCCAUCGUCCUCUGCUGCAAGUGCAAAUGCAGCAAAGGCGACGACGACCCGCUGCCGACCUAAACGCCCCGCAGCGACACGUCGCAUCUUCUUCCCGUCAAGUUUCACCACUUUUCCAUUCUGUUUUCCUCCCACCAGCUUUGAGAGAGCUUCAUUUUUCCGAGCUGGGCCUGAAGCAGCCGCCGCUCUGCAUGAGGAGGACAGAAAAGACGACGUUCCUCCGCUGAGACGUUGGGAAAACUAUGGACGGUUUGGGAAUGCAAAGAACGUCUGCUCUUCUUUUCUUUUUCUUUUUUUUGGUGUUGUAAUUAUUUUGGGUGGAUGCGAACAUUUCCUGGUCUGCUGAACGGACGCCUUCGCCGCCCGUAGAAGGAUUUCUACCUUUUUGCUCUUUAAACACUAAAGCUCUCCCUCACUGCAGCGGUGUCCAAACGGUUCGGCCGGGGGCCAGAAACGGCACGUUGGAAAUACUUCUUAGUAUUUUUGUAUUUCAUUAUUAUUGCAAAAAAUAUCUUAUGUGUUUUUUUCUGAUAGGCAGUAAAGUCAACAUGAUAGCAGUCAGUUUUUUAAAUUACUGUAUAUUAAAAAUAUAAAAUGGUUUUGCAGGUUUGAAAGAUAAAAAAAAAACAUUAUUCUAAAUUUUUCAAGUUGAUAUUUUUCUACAUUUUUUUGUCGUUUUCAAGGUAGCAAAUUUUCCCAGAAGUUAUUACAAUAAACAACAAUUAUGAUGUUAAUGAUGAAUUGUUUACCUAUCUAAGGAAGCCAUUUUUAUUUUAAAAUAAAAGAAACUUCAGUUAAAAUUAUCACCUGUAAUCAAGGAUUCAAUUUAUUAAAAUUCUAAAAUACUUUAUGAAAAAUUAUUAGAUUUUGCUGGACGAUAAAUUGUCCCAGAAGUUAUUGUGAUAAAUGAUAAUAUCGUUGCUUUGAGACCAUUUUCAAGUAACAAAAACAAGCUAGCACUUUCUCUAAUAUGAAUAAACUUUAAAUUCUAAUUAAUGUUGAUCACUGGAAUAUUUUAAAAAUCCAAAAUAAAUAAGCUAAAUAAUACAAACAACAAAUAAAAUUAAAAAUUGUCCUUCAGAAAAAGGGCCAGUUGAGACUAAUUACCUUAUUCAUCCAGUUUUUAGUGGAAAAAAAAUAUAUAUAAAAAUUAUAAAUAAUACAAAUGGAAAUUAUUGAAUGUGUUUUCAUUUUUUAUGCAAUAAAUUGAGUUAUUGCAAGAGGCCCAGUCUUUUUCGCAAUAAGAAGAUUUUAUGGCUAAUAAAUAAAUUAAAAGCAAAAAUCUUUUAAUACAUUUACAUUUUAAGAUUUCACCCUAAAAUUGUUUUUAAAUCCGUAUCCACCGCCUGAACCAGCAAACCAAAUUCAGGUUAUUUCUGAAUUGUGAUAAAGGGCCCCUGAAAAUCAUUUCAAGGGCUGUGAAUGGCCCCCGGGCCGCACUUUGGACACCCCUGCCUUACUGCCUCACUCGAUGUAGCUCCACAGAUUCAGCCGGUAGCAGAGGAGAGCUGCGCCACGCAUGUCAGCUCUCUGUACAGCACGUCCUCUCGAUGAUGUCAAUGUUUUAUAAUCUUGCGCUUUUAAUAGAACCGUGCUGAGAGUCGUGUGUCUUGUAUAUUACAGUCUUUUUUCCAGCUGUUAGGCAGGCGUAUUAAAGAGGAUUGCCACUCAAAUCUAAUAAAAAUAUUGGGUUUUUUUUUCUUGUGGUUAAAAUAAAAUUUGCCCCCAGCUGUCUUGCAGGGGCGUAGAUUUUAGAUUUUUUAUUUCUUGGGGGGGCAGGCAGGAGCACAAACUGUAAAAUUGCAAUUUCAUGAACAUUGGGGCAAACCUUGAAUAUUCAAACCAUUUAUUUACCCAAACAAAACACAUAGAUCUGCUUAGCAUAGAUUUGUUUGUUACAGUGGCUAACCACAUGAUUAGCCUGUUUCAGCUUAGCAUAGCUUAACUGUAUAAAACUUUGUUUUUAGCGCCGUUAAGCUAACUCUGUUCAACUGAUCAACUUAAAGUCAAAAUUACUGACUACAAAUUGCAAAUUACUGUUUCAUUUCCCUUUUUGCUCCUUUAUGGAGAGAUGUUUUGUGUAGUUGUCUGAAGCUGAUUUUUCACAUUAUUAUUAUUAAUAAACAUCAUAUAAAUCAAACUGCUAAAGGGACUAGAAAUGAAAAUUAGACACUUUUCUAUAAUCUCUUGUUAAUUAACAGGAAUGAUCAAUUUUUGCUAAAUAAAAUUUUUAAAAAUAUAUUAAUUGCAGCAGGUGCAUUUGUCAUCUGCUGACAAUUAUUUUAGUAAUUGAUUAUUGUAUGGAUUAUUUUGACCAAUAGAUAAAACGUUGGCACAUUUGGCAAAUUUUUCAUUUAACCACAUAAGCCUCUUUUACACAAUAUUUGAAGUAAUUAAGUUACUUUUUU